AUGACCAUCUCCACAACUCCCACUCGAGUUCGAACCCUCUCCGGCCCUCGACUCGAAAUCGAAGAAUGCUCCGGCGAAAACAUCCGCCGCUUCUCAAUGGUUUUAGACGAGCAAGUUCCGAAAAACUCUCCGAUGAAAAAGUUGAAAAAGACGCUCAAGAAACUCCUAAAACUCGAAAAGGCUCCAAAAGAAAUGAAAAAGUCCCAGUUUUUGGCUGAAGAAAAAGAGGAUGAAACGAUUUCGGCCCCGAUAAUUAACUACAAUAUUUCCAUUAUUCAAAACGAUUCUGGAAAUUCCAUCGUUUUCUGGGAAGAAUCUUACGAAGCCAUCUAA